AUACAACAUGAAGACGUUACUAAUUCUAGUUGUUAUUAUCUGUACGCCACAACAAAACAUGUCAGAUGAAAUACCCAACGCAGAUAAAACUGGUAAAAUCCAAGUCGUUAGAAAUGAUAUGAUUAUUGCAGUUGAUGCUUUAAACAAAGUUGUACAUGAGAUGAAGAGGCGACUAGAAAUGUGCCAGAAAAAUAAAAACUUAUUUCAAUUGGAAAAAUCUAGUCAAAAUGUUUCUACGUUGUACCAACAACCUAUAUUAAAAUUGUAUAAAGACUGCACAAGCAUCUAUACAGCUAAUUUCGUUUCAAAUGGUAUCUAUCCACUUUGGCUCACUUCCGCAUACCAAUUUAUCCAUGUUUUCUGCAACAUGAAGGUCAAAAGUAACAUUACAAAACUUAGAAGUUGGGCAAUAAUCCAAAGACGGAUAAAUGGCGACAUAAACUUUCAUAGGGGUUGGGUUGAUUACGUAAAUGGAUUUGGCAACCCUAACGAAGAGCAUUGGAUGGGUUUGGAAAUAAUUGAACGAUUAACACAGCAGCGCAUAACAUAUAAACCAUAUGGGCGCCCAACGACCGAUUUUCCGCGUCUCAGAAUUGACUUAGAAGACUGGGAUGGUUUUACAGCGUUUGUGGAAUAUAGCAAAUUUCUUCUGUUACCCGAUUCAAAGAAUUAUAAGUUUUCCACCAUUGGUACAGUAUUUGGAAAUCCCGAUAACCAUUUCUUUAGUAGAGAAAUUUCCUCAACUGGAUUUAGCACGUUUGACCAUAAAACAAACACCUUUCUAAACGCCCGAUGUCCUGCGCCCGACAAUGGGGGUUGGUGGUUAACAAGCUGUUCUCGGUCUAACUUAAAUGGCAAAUAUGCCACAUCUACAGAACGCAUGUCAAUAAACAAUAUGUACUGGAAAUUGUGGUUUAUAGUAAACCCUAAUUAUGCCGCAUUAAAACAUGUAUCGUUAAUGGUUCAGUUUUAAUGUUUGUAAUUGAAAACCGGUAAAACAAUAAAUAAGUUCAGUAUGAAUUG